UAAUUCAGCUCCUCUGCUCUUCCUCGUUCAGACAACGAUCUUUUUAUCAUAUUCGAUUUUGUUUUGUUCUUUGUUCUUUUAUUCCUCUCCACUUCCGUAUAUUGCUUAGUUCCUCAAAAGUUACUAUUUCCCCCUAAGCUGAACUGGUUACUUCGCACUUCAAUCCGUGUGCUUUGAAAUUCAGCUUAGAGCUGAAUGCAAGGUGGAAUUCAUUUGGAAAGGGAUAAAAAAGCGGUCUUGGACGAUGUAAUAGUUCGUAACUCUUGAUAGCAGUAGAACGGUGAAUACUGCUAUAGAAAACGAGGAGCUACAUUCCUUAAGUGUCCAUUUCCAGUCCCAUGUAUUUGUUUUCUCGUUUGGAGAUUGUCUAUAUAAUCAAAUAGUCAAGUUUUCAAGCAAUCCAAGUUUGGUGUUUUAAGCAAGACGUUGCAUGUACAGAUAGCAGUCUCUCUGCCAUCAUUGUCGGAUCACAAGCAAAGCACUUCAAAAAGCUCCAGCCAAAUCUUGUAUCUACAUCAUCUGGUCAGGAGAAUUGGACGGUUUCGAUAUGGCAGAUGGCAGUCCCAGGACAGAUACUUCAACAGAUGACACUGAUGAGAAGAAUCAAAGGUUUGGAGGAGGUCAACUGACUGCUAUUGCAGCUUCUGAUUCUAGCGAUAGAUCAAAAAAUAAAACAGAUCAGAAGACAUUGCGGAGGCUUGCUCAAAAUCGUGAGGCUGCAAGAAAAAGCCGUUUAAGGAAAAAGGCAUAUGUGCAGCAGUUAGAGAGUAGCAGACUAAAACUGACUCAACUUGAGCAAGAGCUGCAGCGAGCUCGUCAGCAGGGCAUAUUUAUUUCAAGCUCAGGAGAUCAAUCUCAUUCAAUGAGUGGAAAUGGUGCACUGGCAUUUGAUAUUGAAUAUACACGGUGGCUAGAGGAGCACAAUAGGAAGAUAAAUGAGUUGAGGAAUGCUGUCAAUUCACAUGCUGGUGAUGCUGAAUUACGCAUUAUUGUUGACAGUGUCACAACACAUUAUGAGGACAUUUUCAGGUUGAAAGGCAUUGCAGCAAAAGCUGAUGUGUUCCAUAUCUUAUCUGGAAUGUGGAAAACACCAGCAGAGCGGUGUUUUCUGUGGAUUGGAGGCUUCCGUUCAUCUGAGCUUCUCAAGCUUCUUUCAAAUCAAUUGGAGCCUCUAACUGAGCAGCAGUUUAUGAAUAUCCAAAAGUUGCAGCAGUCAUCCCAACAGGCAGAAGAUUCUUUGUCACAAGGAAUGGAAGCAUUGCAACAAUCUUUGGCUGGGACUUUGGCCAACGGCUCACCUCCUGGUCCCUCAGGGUCAUCUGGAAAUGUGGCAAACUAUAUGGGUCAAAUGGCCAUGGCAAUGGGAAAGCUAGGAACCCUUGAAGGAUUCCUUCUUCAGGCUGAUAAUCUACGUCAGCAAACACUGCAACAAAUGCAUCGAAUCUUGACAACUAGGCAAUCAGCUCGAGCUCUUCUUGCCAUAAAUGAUUAUUUUUCUAGGCUUCGAGCUCUGAGUUCUCUUUGGCUGGCUCGGCCCCGGGAAUAAGAGUUCCCUCCAUACAAAGUUUCUGUGAAAAUUGACCACAGUUCGAUCGAUUUUAUAGUAGUGUUUUCUUGGAGCAAUGCAAAUGCUAUGAUUGAUGCAGGGUAGAACACUGCUCUUCUUCUUCUUCUACUUACAAGCUGGCCAUACAUUCAGGAUGCAGUUGAGGCCAGCUUCUGUUGUGUGUAGAUUUGGUUUGCAUGAACAAAUCACAUAUGUGGGAAGAAGUCAUAUGCUGAAAUGCAGUUUAUGUGUUGUAAAACGGUAGCCCCGUAAUUUGGAUAUGCAGAAUUAAGGAAAGAUAGUGUCAUAUAUGUAACAUAGGGUAAACCUUUCAAAUUGUAGACCAAAAGCAGGAUGAAAAUAGUUUCUUUUUGGGUGUUUGAUCUGA